GUCUGUGAACAUGUUUCGGAUGAAUAAGCGUUCGCGCAAUUAACAAAUUUUGUUUGUUAAAUAAAAAAAAAAGACAAAGCUCGCAGUCACAUUGAUAAUGCAAUAAUGAAAACGUUAUCGUAAUUGAUUCAUUGUUUAUUAUUAUGAAAACGGCGUCAGAGACGUUACAUUCCGCAACGUGGUGUCUAGGGAUAUAAUUAUCGAAUAUAUUAGGUGAACAAGUGCUUGUCCGAGGAUUGGUGCUUGUGUGCAUGACGUAGCUCACUCAACUCAACACAUUCAGCUGCAUUUAGCGAGAUACGCAGCGAUGUAGUUAUGAGGGAAGCCGGCAUCCAAGAUCCAAACAAACAAGUUGAAAUAAACUGAAAAAAUGGAUGCCUUGAGCGUGCUAAUUGCGAUAGCCCUGAUACAUUGCUCACUAUUCUUUUUUGAUACGCUUUUUAAGUCCUGCUCGCAUUUUCCGUACCUCUACUUUCUGGAGAACACCGGCCUGGAGAUACAGAUACUGAGAGUGAAAUGGUUUACAACCGCUUUCAAUCGCAAAAUAAUAAAAUGGGGGACGGACCGCUCCAGGUUUUGGACCGCUUGGUUCAACGCCGGUGUCAUCAUAAGCAUUAUACUCUUGCCGAUAGCUAUUGUCAUUAUCCUGAAGAUGACGUUCAACAUGUGGCUAGCUGGAUCCUCGAGUGACGUCAGCUCAGGAGCUAUAUUAGAACCCAUGUUACCAGGCGUGGAUGUUCCUUUCAAUGAAAUUGGCUAUUAUGCGGCAACGCUAGCAAUAUGUAGUAUAGUUCACGAAUUAGGGCACGCCCUUGCUGCAGCGAGAGAAGAUGUACAGUUAUUUGGCCUAGGAAUCGUUAUUGUCUUCACAAUUCCGAUAGCUUACGUGCACAUAAGCAACGAGCAAUUAUUCGCAUUGCCAUUAAAAAAUCAGCUACGCAUUGCGUGUGCGGGGAUUUGGCAUAAUAUUAUUCUUGCUACAAUAGCUGCAGCAGUUCUUGUGUUUUCUACAUGGCUGUGGGCACCGCUUUAUAGCAUUGGCUCUGGAGUUUACGUGAAGACUAUUUUACCUAAUUCACCUGUGUUAGGACCAACUGGUCUUCUGGAACGUGAUGUAAUAUACAAAUUAAACAAUUGUCCUGUGAAGCACAGUGAGGAUUGGUACGAUUGUAUGCUGCAAUCAGUACAGCAGCCUGCUCUUGGCUAUUGCGUUAAGCAAUCGUUUAUCCAGGAUUAUGACGAGUCAGUGCCAGCUAAGCAGAAAACGAACGGCGCGGUGAACUGCUGUACAACUGACAGUGAAAUAAAUGGCAAUCUGUGUUUCGAAUACAUCGAAGGACCGCAAACCGCUCCUCUCCAUUUACCCCCGCAUUCAUGUCUUCCAGUAAGGGCAAUGCUUAAUCAGUCGCAAUAUUUCUGUCAAGCUAGUCACGAAUGCUUAUCUCAAGACACUCACUGUAUGAAGCCCUCUUUAGAUAAUGUGACAAAGAUCAUACAAAUAAAGAGGAAAAUUGGCAAGGAUGUGUUGUUCUUCGGACAUCCGGCGGACAUUUACAGGACCGUUGACGUAUCGGACUGGGUGCCAAAGUACUCUUUCCUGUAUCCCAAAUUACCCGAGUCAUUUGCACUACUUUGCAAAUACAUCACGGUAUUUUCAGCAGGGUUGGCAAUCAUUAACGUCGUGCCUUGCUUCCUUCUGGAUGGUCAAUAUAUUAUAAAUAUAGUUGUACUCUGUUUAUUGAACUCCAUGCCACAUAAUAGAAAUAUCAGAGAAAGCACAGUACUUACAAUAACAAGUCUAGGUACAUUACUUCUUAUAACAAACUUAAUGUAUUUGCUUAUUAAUAAAUUAUGGUAAGUUAAUCAUA